CUUAAAUCAAUCGCUCUCACUACCUGCACUUCAUCUAAUACCUAAUCCCUAAGAAUUGAAGAUACAGACACAAUGACCACCCCCGCUCCAGCCGUCCCCAGCCGCACCCUUCAAGCCUCCGCGCUGUCUUUCAUCGCGCUCUCCAUCGGCCAUACGCUAGGAGGCAAACAAUGGACCGCCGACCCGGCCUACACAAUCAUCAGCAACUCCAAGCCCUGGGCGCUGGGCAUUGUGGGCUGGUUUCAGGGAAGCGCCUUCUUCUUCACGACGGGCCUCCUGCACUACCAAUGGGCCCGCAACCCCCUCGCCCUCCGCGACCCGACCAACAAGGCGAUCGCGGUCAUCACCAACGCGAUGCUCUGGGCCAGCUCGUCGUGGUAUUUCCGGUAUGGCAUCAAGGAGAAUGCGGUUGUUGUGGGGCUGGGGGCGGUGUUGCAGGGCGUUGCUGUUUUGAGGAGUUGGUUUUGAGGUACUUAGGGUUUGUUUGGGGGUUUUAGGGGGUGAUUGGGUUGGGGGGGAGGUAGGGGGGAUUGGGAAUUGGACUGAGGUUGGGGGUUUGCAGGGUUGAUGCUGGGGCUGGUGUAUGCUAUUUUAGAGGUAGGGCUUACAUUAGGAUGUCAUGUUUAGAGGUAGGGUGGGUGGAAUAGAUUAGUGGGACUGUGUUUGGUUUUGUUGGAUCUUGAUACUAUUGAUAGUAUGAACGUCGAGUCUGAUGGCUAAUGCUGC